AUGAUAACAACUUCGGCUGAACAAGCACGAAAAGAAUCAAUUGCUAAGCCAAGUAUCGUUACAACGGAAGCAAUUGUGAUCACUGGAGGCUCUAUUGAUGGUUCAACGAAACCCUUAGAUUCAAGUGUCACCCAACUGAAAGCAACAAUUGAUAUAACUGAAUCGAAAGCAGUUACUGUUGAUGAAACAAAGCUCAAUGAAAAAGAAUCACAACUCAAAGAACCAAUCAAAGUCACAACUCGAGCUAAAUCGUUGAAAGAUUUGUCUCAAAAACGUUCGUUAUCCAUUGAACGGAAACAACUGAUGGAAACCGAGGGUCCGUUAACCAUUGACGAACCAAAAGUCGACACAUUAGUACCAGCUGAUGUUGAUUCUAUUCCAGUAACAAGUGUACAAGUUGUCGAAACAAAAUCAGAGGAGAAAACGAUUCCCUUGGAAAUAACUGAAUCAAAAGAGGCUCAAGCAAUCAAAGCGAUCAGCCCAUCAGCUGCUUUGCUCGUAUCUGAUGUGAUUCCGUCACAAGAAACACAACAAUUAACGGAAAUUCAAACAAAACCAGGGUCCGCUUCAAUCGAAAUCAUUUCAUCGACAAUACCAGAGUCGAGAGUUGAUUUGACCUGUGAAACCGAACUCCCCAAGAGUUUUGAGAAACCAAAGAAGUCCAAAGUAACAGUUAAAUCAACAGUUAAAACUGAAAGGUCACUUAUUGUCCAAUCGGAAGUGUUUCGAUGGUCUCAAAACAUCGGAUCUUUCUUUUCAACUGAACAAACCGCAACUAUUUCUGAUUCUUCUGUACCUGAAACUGCCACCAAAUUAUUAGCUGAUUCGCCGUCAAUGGCAUUAACAAUUAGUUCAGUUGAGAUUGGUGAAAGUGAAAAGGUCGUCCAAUUGACCGAUAUUCAAGAUAAACAACCAAAUGUCACUUUGACUGAGAGUCAAGCGAUUGAAGUAACUUCAUCGAUUCCCGGUGACACCGAAUCUAAAUUGAUUCCAACAAUUAAACCAGAAAAACAAAAGUUGAAGAAAAAAGUUGAUCUUAAAAAACAAAAAUCACUCACAAUUGAAUCCAAAGAGACAAUUGAAUCAGUUGAAAGAAUUGAUAAACCAGACCAAUCAAGACAAGAACAAGCGAAAGAAACAAUUUGUCCAAUGAGUUCGAUUUCGGUGAGUUCGAUGGAAACAGUUGAACAACCAGAAUCAUUGGUACAAGAAGCGAUACCAAUUGGAUCACAAUUAGUUGAGUCAAUUAUCGAGAAAAGACCAAAUCAAGCAAUUGGAAUAGAAAAUGUUGAUACAGGUAACCUUGAAAUACCCUUGACAAUUGAUCGACCAAGUGUUGAAGUAGCUCGAGUUGAGAUUCCAACUUCUAUUGCCAUUGAAGGUUCUAUGAGUUCAUCAUUAGAGCCUCGACCAUCAGAGACUGACGUUCAUCAAAUGAAAUCUCAGAAAGGUUUCAGCUCAGUAGAAAUCACAUCAAGAUCAGCUAUCACAAUGUCGUCGAAUCAAACACUUGAAGCUACUAUUGGUGCAGAUAUUGAACAAACACCGAGUGUAAUAAGCGAGUCCACGACAGUAAAUUCUGAGAAAAAAUCAAUCUCAAUAUCAUCGAUAGAAACACUUGAGACAACAAACUCAGUUCCAAUUUCCGAAGCAUCGAGUCUUCCAAAUGUCGAUUUCAUCGAAGCUCGAGCUGUAUCAAUAGUUGAGUCUAUUCCUGGUGAAACCGAACUUGUUUACAUUCAACCUAAAGCACCGGAACGAAAGAAAGGAAAACAAAAAGUUGACCUUAAGAAACAAAGAACACUUUCAAUUGAGAAAUUGGAACUUGUUGAGACUGCAAAUGAAUCGGUACAAGAAAAAACGACGAGCGAUUCCGCGAAAUCAACGUUAAUUCCUGAUAAAUCGUCAGUAAUUGUCGAUCAAGUUCAACCCGUUGAUCAAGUUGAAAUACUACAAUUAACUUCACCCACAGUUAGAACAACAAUUUCGGUUCUAUCUGAUCAAUCACAUCUUCCAAUGACUGUGUCAAUGGAAACACCAGUUGACUCAGAGUCUCAAUUAGAUUUACCAGUAAUCGAAAAAGGUAAAAGUGACAUAAGCAUAACAACACUCGACGCUAUUCAAGGAUCUCAACAAACAAUCGGAGAUAAAGAAGGAGAAAUAGAAACACCUCAACCAUCAACUGCUUCUGCGACAACAAAGACAAUUGAUACAAAUAAAGUAACAGUAUCAAUAGAAAACAAGGAAACAUUGGAGAAAGAAGGACAAUUCGAAGUACCCAAACCUCGAAGAGAGAAAUUAACAAAGAAAACUUCGAUUACUAAACAAAGAUCAAUUUCUAUCGAGAGACCAGUUAUUAUGGAGAUGGAAACACCAACAGAGGUUCAACCAGAAAUCAGAGUAACACCUAAAGACACUGUAGUCGAAUCACCAUCAACAUAUUCGACUACAAUUAGUCAACAAUCAACAUACGAAGCAGAGACAAUUUUCGAUGGUGUUGAAGUUAAACCUCGAAUAGCUGAUCAAUCGAUUGAAUCGAUUGGACAAGCGAUCUCAGUAGUAACAAGUGAUGUUUCUCAAGACGAAGUACCUUUAGAAACACCACAGGAAACACUUCAAUCAGCUUCAAUUGGUCUUCCGACAAUGACUAUUGCCGAAUCUCGAGUAGAUCAACUAGUCGAGAAAGAAGGUGAUAUGAUAAUUGACGAAGAAACUUCUAAGCCAAAGACAAAAAGAUCAGCCAAACCACCAAUUAAAUCGAAACAAUCGCUUAUUGUCGCUCAAAAAGAUACAUUCGAAAAGGAAAGUGACUUUGAUUCUGUUCCAAGUGAAACUGCAAACACUCAAAUUGACCUCAGUCCAAAUGUCGCUGUUUCUGUUCAAUCCACUCAACCUAUAGAAACUGACGAAAGAAUCACCGAUUCGAGAGUAGAAGAGGUUCAACCAAAGGUCGAUUUUACUCCAAGCCAAAGUUUAACUGUAACAUCAUCAGUACCUGAAGAAUCAGAGGAAACUCUUGAACAAUUAACUAAACCAGAAUCAAAGAAACUCAAGAAAAAAGUUGAUCUUAAGAAACAAAGAUCGCUUUCUGUUGAACGACCCGUUACAUUGGAAGCAGUUGAUAAACUGUCAGUUCCAGAGACAGAAAAAGAUUUGGCCUCAUCAUCCGUUGAUUCGGAAACACCAUUAGCAGUAACAACAGUCGAAUCUAUUGAAUCAACAAGUCAAUUAGAUAUCGAGCUUCCAGAUCACAAAACAAUCACUCAGUCAAUUUCUGAAACAGUUUAUCAUUCGUACCAAGUAUCAACAUCAACUGCUGAUUCCGCAGCGAGUGACUUAAUUCAGGUCACACCAACUACAUUAAUAGCACAAAUCGAUUUAGCUCAAGCGGAAGCUGCAUCGGGUGUAAUUAGUACUCUCAUUGAGUCUGAGAAACAUUUCGAAACUGAUGAAGCCAAGUUGAAAUCUAUUCAACCAGAAAUUACUAGUGACCUUGUCACGGCAUCGAUUGGAAUUGAUGUUCCCGUUGAAAGUGAACAAAAUCUUGCCGAAGAUAUUAAACCUGAAACAAAGAAAAUCAGACCAAAGAAACCGAUAGUGAGCACUAGGUCAGCUUCGAUUGAGAGGCCGGAGACCUUGGAGAGAGAGGGAUCUUUGCCGAUAAAACCAGCGCGUCGAGAAAAGUUAACAAAGAAAAAUACACUCACCAAACAAAGAUCAAUAUCGAUCGAAAGACCAAUAAUAUUCGAAGCUGCUAUGCCAACGGAGAUUCAGGCCGAAGUACGGGUAAUGCCCAAAGAUACUUUGGUUGAUGCACCAGCAACUUAUUCAACGACAAUCAGCCAACAGUCAACUCUGGAAGCCGAAUCUCCCUUCCAACACUCACCCACCAUGGAAUCGGGUCAAGCUUUGGAGGCAAUCGAAUCACUGACACACGCAGUGUCCAUCGUGGAAAAUGAUCUGAUCCAUAGUGAGACGCCGUUGGACACUCCAGCUGAGCAAAGUUACUCAGCAUCGAUUGAAACACCAAAUGAAAUAAGAGUAGCAGAAUCAACGGUCGACCAAAUCGUUGAGCGUGAAGGUGAAGUGCUUAUCGACGCUCCAAAUGUCAGAAAGUUGAAGAUUACGUCAACUUCUUCAACGCAACAGUCGUUGACUGUCACCAAAAAAGAUUCGUUUGAACGGGAAGGUGUCCUCGAAAUGGAACAAAGUGAAACCGCUGUUUCUAAACUCGAAGCUAUGUUACCACAAACAGUAGCGACAAUUGAUUUCAAGCAACUGCUCGAAAGCGAGAAAUUAACAGCUCUUUCUGAUGAUAGUAAAACUGAAUCGAUUGUACCAAAAUUAUCUGACGAACUGAACAAAACAAUAACAGUACAGGAAACGGAAGCAACUGAAACUGAAUCGGCGUUACCAACCUCAUUUGAUUCAUCAGCACUUCAACCUAAAGUUGAAUUCACUCUAAAUCAAAGUAUAGUUGUAACUGAUUCUGUACCAGGAGAGUCUGAAUUUGCCCUUUCGAAGAUGGUACAACCAGAGUCGAAGAAAUUGAAAAAGAAAAUUGAUCUGAAGAAACAGCGAUCUCUGUCAAUCGAAAGACCUAUUACUAUGGAAGCCACAGGUGAACUGCUGAUAACGGAGAUCACAAAUGAUCAAGCGCUGACCUCUAUCGAUUCUGAAAUUCCAUUAGCUAUUUCGAGUGAUCAACCGAUCGAAAACGUAGCCAUCUUGGAACUAGAAAUUCCUGAUAAGAAGCAAACAGUGCAAUCGAUUUCCGAAUCGGUAUAUCAUUCCUACGAAGUAUCGACAUCAACUGUUGAUCAAUCGACAAUUGAGUUACCUCAAUCAAUUCCGUCAGCAUCUAGAGCUCAUGUAGACUCUGGAUCAUCCGAACUAGAGAUCAAAUUGGCUUCGAUAGAAAACAAGGAAACAUUGGAGAAAGAAGGACAAUUCGAAGUACCCAAACCUCGAAGAGAAAAGUUAACAAAGAAAACUUCGAUUACUAAACAAAGAUCAAUUUCUAUCGAGAGACCAGUUAUUAUGGAGAUGGAAACACCAACAGAGGUUCAACCAGAAAUCAGAGUAACACCUAAAGACACUGUAGUCGAAUCACCAUCAACAUAUUCGACUACAAUUAGUCAACAAUCAACAUACGAAGCAGAGACAAUUUUCGAUGGUGUUGAAGUUAAACCUCGAAUAGCUGAUCAAUCGAUUGAAUCGAUUGGACAAGCGAUCUCAGUAGUAACAAGUGAUGUUUCUCAAGACGAAGUACCUUUAGAAACACCACAGGAAACACUUCAAUCAGCUUCAAUUGGUCUUCCGACAAUGACUAUUGCCGAAUCUCGAGUAGAUCAAGUAGUCGAGAAAGAAGGUGAUAUGAUAAUUGACGAAGAAACUUCUAAGCCAAAGACGAAAAAGAUCAAAGCCAAACCACCAAUUAAAUCGAAACAAUCACUUAUUGUCGCUCAAAAAGAUACAUUCGAAAAGGAAGGUGACCUCAAGGAAGACACCAUCGAAAUAUCUUCACACAAAAUCGAUAUAACAACUCAAUUAGUUGUCACUGUUGCAUCUAAUCAAGUUUUUGAAAGAGAACAAUUAACUUUACCGAUCGAUCAACAUACUGAAUCAAUCGUUCCGAAAUUAGAAACUGAUGUAAAGCAGCAAAUUAUCGUGCAAGAAACACAACCGAUCGAAAGUGGUCAAGACAUCGAUUCUCAAGAGACACCAAGUGCUAAGCCUAAGGUCGAUUUUACUCCGAGUCAAAGUAUAACUGUAACUUCAUCAGUACCUGAAGAAUCGGAGGAAACUCUUCAACAAUCAACUAAACCAGAAUCAAAGAGACUCAAGAAAAAAGUUGAUCUUAAGAAACAAAGGUCAAUCUCUAUUGAACGUCCAGUUACUAUGGAGUCAGAAACUAAACUUGAGACUUCUGAUACUAAAGAUAUCGCUUCUAAAUCGAUCGAUUCUGAGACACCAUUAUCAAUAUCGACUAUUCAAUCAAUUGAGUCGACAGUUAAAUUAGACAUUGAUCAACCUGAUGCAAAGACAAUCAACCAAUCGAUCUCUGAGUCUGUUCAUCAUUCAUUACAAGUCUCUACCGCGACUGCCGAUGUUGCUCCUGAUUCAUUAGACCAAACAAUUCCUACUCCAUCGAAGGCAAUUGUUGGUCUAACAGAGACUGAAGCUGCUUCAGGUCAUAUCAGCACAACAAUCGAGUCCGAAAAGGAUCUGGAAGUUAAUAAGGAAACUAAGCCAGAGACAAUUAAACCUUCAAUCAGCGAUACACAAGCGAUAACAAUUGGUAUCGAUGUAUUGGUUGAGAAUGAGGAACAGUUAAGUGAUCAAGCUAAACCAGAAAAGAAGAAAAUUAAACCAAAAAGUCUCUAAUUAA